UGACGUCAUGGGACGUCCGGCUGCUUCCGGGCUCGAUGGCUGCCAGCCGUGGCUGCCAAGCGGGCCGAGUCGCGUGUCCUCCCGCGGCGCCGACGGGUCGUCGGAAUGUAUCACAGCAGCACGCAGAAGCGGCACUGGACUUUCUGCAGCGAAGAGGACUUGGCCCGGCGCCGAGCUGAUGCCAACCGCAAGUUCCGUUGCAAAGCGGUGGCCUAUGGGAAGGUUCAACAGACGGACUCAUUUCUUCUUGAGCCGCAUGAGGAGUUGGCAAUAUGUAAAUAUUAUGAAAAAAGGUUAUUGGACUUCUGCUCAGUGUUCAAGCCUGCAAUGCCCAGAUCUGUGGUGGGAUCAGCCUAUAUGUACUUCAAACGUUUUUACCUGAAUAACUCAGUGAUGGAGUACCAUCCUCGCAUAAUUAUGUUAACAUGUGCAUUCUUGGCAUGUAAAGUAGACGAAUUUAAUGUGUCUAGUGCACAGUUUGUCGGUAACCUUCGUGAAAGUCCAAUAGGACAGGAAAAGGCUCUGGAACAGAUUUUGGAAUAUGAAUUGCUACUUAUUCAGCAACUGAACUUUCAUCUUAUAGUGCACAACCCUUACAGGCCUUUUGAAGGCUUCUUGAUUGAUUUGAAGACUCGUUAUCCAUUGCUUGAGAAUCCUGAGACAUUGAGAAAGACAGCUGAUGACUUUCUUAAUCGGGUUGCCUUGACAGACGCUUGCCUCCUGUAUACGCCAUCUCAAAUAGCUCUCACUGCUAUCCUCUCCAGUGCAUCUAGGGCAGGAAUUAAUAUGGAAAGUUACUUGUCAGAAAGCCUAAUGCUGAAAGAGAACAAAGCUUCCCUCACUCAGUUGCUGGAUGGGAUGAAAUGCAUGAAAAAUAUGGUGAAAAAAUACGAGCUACCACAUCCAGAAGAGGUUGCUGCUCUGAAACAGAAGCUAGAGAAAUGUCACUGUCCAGAGCUUGGUCUUAAUACAAAUGUAAAGAAGAGGAAAGGCUAUGAAGAUGACGAAUACAUUGCCAAGAAAUCAAAAAUUGAGGAGGAUGAAGGGACAGAUGAUGAUUUUAUAGACUGACUAUCCAGACAAAUGAAAUCCUCAGUAUUUAAUGGACUGUAGAACCUGAGUACAAGUUGCAGUUUUUAACCUGCAGAAAAAGAUACCACUGAUGUAAUAAAAGUUCCUUGACUUAUUGUG